GCAAGCCCUACUGUGACAUUCACUACCACCAGCAGGCCGGUUCCGUCUGCUCUGGCUGUGGCAAGGCUGUCAGCGGCCGUUGCAUCGAUGCCCUCGACAAGAAGUGGCAUCCAGAGCACUUUGUCUGCGCUUUUUGUAUGAACCCAUUGGCAGGUGGAUCCUACACAGCUAACAAUGGCAAGCCAUACUGCAAGGUGUGCCACUCUAAAUUAUUCGAAUAA